UUACUCUCCGAAGCUGCUGGCCCUUCAAGUGGACUGACCAGCAGUUUUCCGCUGACGCCCGGUAAAAUACAGUCCGGAUCGCAUGGCGCCCCAUCUACGAGUUGCUAUAAGUCGUUUUCGUCGCCCUCGAGAGUGAUGACUUUCGCCAAACGACCAGUCGAGCGUAUCUCCUCUCUACCGACAUCCGCCACCACGUCUCUGGCCAACUCGGGCGCCCCGGCGGGCAUGGCAGAAGUGGUCACCGGAGGACAGACUCGAUUCGAGGAGCCAUCUGCGUCGUAUUUGUCGCUAGCGGGAGGCCCGGCGAACGGGACUCGCAAGAGAUUGAGCGAGGCCGUGGGCGAAAUGGAUCUGUCCGGACAGUGCCUGGAUGCGGCUGGGCUCUCGGUCUGUCAGGUGGGCAUGGGUGGAGGCAUCAGUGGAAGGACGAACUUCACGAACAAACAGCUGACGGAGCUGGAGAAGGAGUUCCACUACAACCGCUACUUGACGCGUGCCAGGCGUAUCGAGAUCGCGGCAGAUCUGGGCCUUUCGGAGACGCAGGUGAAGAUAUGGUUCCAGAAUCGCCGAAUGAAGCAGAAGAAGCGUAUGAAAAAUACAGGGUCAGCAUUGGUCAACCCGCCCCUCAGGCAAUGCGGUGACGGAGGCCGCCAAGGAGAGGGUACGGGUGAGCUGGAGACAAAAAUGGAGUUCGACUCAAAUCUAUUCGCACAGUUGCCCUGUCCCCCUCGGCAACCACUUUCCGGAGCCACUUCGACUUCGCAUCUGCCAAUGGCCACACCCCUUCCCAACAGAGACCGGUGUCCUGGAUACAGCGGGGCGAGCCUUCCGUUUCCCGACCCUUUUCAGCGGUUCCAGGAGGAGUCGUACCAGAGCGCUCAGUUGCCCUCUAGCCCAAGCGCCGGCGUCAGCUGUCCUUUCUUGCAGUUCGAGCUCCGGCCAUACUCGAUGGUCUAG